AUGUCUAUUUUAAAUCACAAUCAAAAGUUCACAUUUGCAAGAACAGAUUCUUAUUGCCUAUCAACUCAUUUUUAUCCUGCUGUUUUAAAAGGAGAGUGCGAUAAAUUUAUAAAGUGUAACUUACAACACAUACGUCUAAUUUUAUGCCCAGUUAAUAUACAGUCUCACUGGAUACUUGUAGUUUUUGACCUUGGUAAGAGGCUGGUUAAGUGUUUUGAUCCUAUGGAGCAUAAAGAGCACAAAGAAGUUAUACAUAAUAUCAGCAUUGCUUUGGAGAAAUUUUACAUGACAAAUUAUGGAAAAAAGAGGAGCAUUAGGAAUUGGAAAAGAGUUGUUGAUGAAGAAAGGAGUAUGCAAUCAAAUUUUAUUGACUGUGGGAUAUUUAUAUGCAAGUAUGCUCGUGCGAUGACGUCAAACAAAGAUCUAAUUUUUUCGACUGAUCCAGAUUAUCUCCGUAUAUGGAUCCUUCAAGAAAUAAUAAAUCCCAAACUGCUGAUGAUAUAUGAUAUGAAAAUUUCAAACUUUGAUUGGGUUGGGAUAACAACUGAAUUUUCAGAUUUGUUACCGCUAGAAUUGAAGAUAGCAAGUCAUACACCAGAUAUGGCAGAGAGUGAAAUGGUUUCCAUGCAUCAAAUUGAUUCUGAUCUUGAAUAUACCCUAUCACCACUCACAAGUGGAGAUGAAGAUGACUGUGACUGCUCGCUAAUUCUUGUUCCGGAAUAUCAAAAGGACACCUUAUAUGAUGACAUUACAGGGAUUAAUCACAAAGAAUCUUAUAUUUCAGCAGCUGAACAGUUUGUGAAAUCUUCCCACCCACCUAUCAGAAUUGGCUCCAUUCCAGUUAAAGAUUUAUUUAGUGCUAUUAAGAGUCAUGAAGGCGAAUUCAUUAAAACUGCUUUGGAUCCCUCAUCAAGUGAAUUUUUUACAGAAAAUGUAUUUGAGCAAAAGAAAAGGCAUAUACCAGAUAUCAUAUGGCCUUUAACAGAUGAUGUACUUUCACAACAAAUAUUUCUUUACCUGGAGGAACUAACCAGUUUACACUGUAAGGAUGUGGGUAGAAGGAAAGCAACUGCAGUUAAGUUGCUUUGGCCAGAGGCAAUGGUAAUAUGUUUAGAAAAGUUAAAAGGAAUAACACAUGAGGAAGCUGUAUAUUUUUAUAAAAAAGAAAUUGCAACUAUCCUACCAUGAAGUUAAUAUAUUGUCUUUUUGAAGCAUUGAAUCUGCUUAUAGAUCUAUAACUGUUAUAUGAUACUAUAAUGUACUUGAAUAUGUACAAAAAUUAAUAAUAAUUAUUGACAUAGUGAUUAUAGCCAGCCUACUGGCAAGCCAUGAUUGAAACUGGAAACUGAAUAAUAAUGAUGCUUGUUAAGGACUCAAAUAGAGCUUAUAUGUACUUUCAAAU